CUUAUCAGCAGACCUCAGCUCUUUCUGCCGCUAUGUUGGCUACUAAAUCGAUUCGUUUUUAUCUGCUCCUGAUCUUUGUGGCUUCACCUCACAUUUCCUCACCCACGCGAGUAAAUAAGACUGUCUCGGAUGGUAAAGUUUUCAUCACUGGAGACCAUAAUGAAGUUGUUAUGUCUUCCACCCGAGAAACGAAACUGGAAUUGGCUAAAAUCAAAAAGAAAUUAAAGUUAUUAAGCGAGUCGAAUGAAGAUUUGUCCAAUUUACUUCACGCCAUGAACUUGAGGCUAACAGGCUUGGAGAAACAAGUUGCAGGGUACGCUCUGCAAUUUCCACGAAAAGGAACCAGUGAUUACGUCAUCAUUUCACGUGGUAUGCCAAACCUGUCAGCUGUGACGUUUUGUCUGUGGAUAAAAACCGCUGAUACUAGAAAUGCAGGAACACUCCUGAGCUAUGCUGUAUCGGGAAAAAGCAACGAGCUUCUCCUGACUGACUAUAGAAAUCUUGAGUUUUACAUCAACGACCAUGGGAGGGGUUCUACUUCUGUAUCCGCCAAUGAUGGAAAGUGGCAUCAUAUCUGCCUCACAUGGGAGAAUACCGCUGGAUCAUGGAAAUUAUUUCGAGAUGGUUCGGUUGCCGCUUCUGGUAAAAGUUUCCAAACAGGUCACAUGAUUCGUGCAAAUGGAGCCCUGGUACUAGGGCAGGAUCAAGACUCAAAGGGGGGAAAAUUUGAUGCCCGCCAAUCUUUUAUCGGUGAAAUGACAGGUGUCAACAUUUGGGAUCACGUCAUAAAAGACCAAGAAAUCGCACGCAUGUCAAAGUCGUGCCUGACCGAGGUGGGCAACGUGUUUCAGUGGCGCGAGUUCAAAGCUCACAUCAAGGGCUCAUCUUAUCAGCAGACCUCAGCUCUUUCUGUCGCCAUGUUCGCUGCUAAAUCGAUUCGUUUUUAUCUGCUCCUGAUCUUUGUGGCUUCACCUGACAUUUCCUCAUCCACUCGAGUGAAUAAGACUGUCUCGGAUGGCAAAGUUUUCAUCACUGGAGACCAUAAUGAAGUUGUUUUGUCUUCCGCCCGAGAAACGAAACUGGAAUUGGCUGAAAUUAAAAACAAACUAAAGUUGUUAAGCGAGUCGAAUGAAGAUUUGUCCAAUUUACUUCACGCCAUGAACUUGACGCUAACAGACUUGGAGAAACAAGUUGCAGGGUACGCUCUGCAAUUUCCACGAAAAGGAACCAGUGAUUACGUCAUCAUCACACGUGGUAUGCCAAACCUGUCAGCUGUGACAGUUUGUCUGUGGAUAAAAACCGCUGAUACUAGAAAUGCAGGAACACUCCUGAGCUAUGCUGUAUCGGGACAAAGCAACGAGCUUCUCCUGAUUGACUAUAGAAAUCUUGAGUUUUACAUCAACGGCCAUGGGAGGGGUUCUACUUCUGUAUCCGCCAAUGAUGGAAAGUGGCAUCAUAUCUGCCUCACAUGGGAGAAUACCGCUGGAUCAUGGAAAUUAUUUCGAGAUGGUUCGGUUGCCGCUUCUGGUAAAAGUUUCCAAACAGGUCACAUGAUUCGUGCAAAUGGAGCCCUGGUACUAGGGCAGGAUCAAGACUCAAAGGGGGGAAAAUUUGAUGCCCACCAAUCUUUUAUCGGUGAAAUGACAGGUGUCAACAUUUGGGAUCACGUCAUAAAAGACCAAGAAAUCGCACGCAUGUCAAAGUCGUGCCUGACCGAGGUGGGCAACGUGUUUCAGUGGCGCGAGUUCAAAGCUCACAUCAAGGGCUCAAUUGCUUUGGUUUCCCUGAUGACUCAGUCUUAUCAGCAGACCUCAGCUCUUUCUGUCGCCAUGUUCGCUGCUAAAUCGAUUCGUUUUUAUCUGCUCCUGAUCUUUGUGGCUUCACCUGACAUUUCCUCAUCCACUCGAGUGAAUAAGACUGUCUCGGAUGGCAAAGUUUUCAUCACUGGAGACCAUAAUGAAGUUGUUUUGUCUUCCGCCCGAGAAACGAAACUGGAAUUGGCUGAAAUUAAAAACAAACUAAAGUUGUUAAGCGAGUCGAAUGAAGAUUUGUCCAAUUUACUUCACGCCAUGAACUUGACGCUAACAGACUUGGAGAAACAAGUUGCAGGAUACACUCUGCAAUUUCCACGAAAAGGAACCAGUGAUUACGUCAUCAUCACACGUGGUAUGCCAAACCUGUCAGCUGUGACAGUUUGUCUGUGGAUAAAAACCGUUGAUACUGGAAAUGAAGGAACACCCCUGAGCUAUGCUGUAUCUGGACAAAGCAACGAGCUUCUCCUGUGUAACUAUAGAAAUUUUGAAGUUUUCAUCAACGACCAUAGGAGUGGUUCUACUUCUGUAUCCGCCAAUGAUGGAAAGUGGCAUCAUAUCUGCCUCACAUGGGAGAAUACCGCUGGAUCAUGGAAAUUAUUUCGAGAUGGUUCGGUUGCCGCUUCUGGUAAAAGUUUCCAAACAGGUCACGUGAUUCGUGCAAAUGGAGCCCUGGUACUAGGGCAGGAUCAAGACUCAAAGGGAGGAGGUUUUAAAGCCCAUCAAUCUUUCAUCGGUGAAAUGACAGGUGUCAACAUCUGGGAUCACGUUCUAAAAGACCAAGAAAUCGCAC